AUGUCGUUGAAUGUACAUGUAAAGUCUGGACAAGACAAGUGGGAAGUGAGCGUGGCGCCCGAGAGCACAGUGUUGCAGUUCAAGGAGGCAAUAAGCGAGGCGAACGGGAUCCCGGUGGCAAAUCAGAGACUGAUCUACUCCGGGAAAAUUUUGAAGGACGACCAGACCGUCGAGUCGUACCAUAUUCAGGACGGACAUAGCGUCCACCUGGUUAAGUCGCAGCCCAGGCCACAGGCUGGCGCUGCAACGGGUACAGGUGCAGGUGCAGACGCAGGUGCAAGCGCAAACGCAAGUGUAAGUGCUACUCCGAAUAUGUCAUCGGGACAGAGUGCAGGUUUCAAUCCAUUGGCCGACUUGACCAGUGCGAGGUACGCUGGCUACUUGAACAUGCCCUCUGCUGACAUGUUUGGCCCGGACGGCGGUGCGUUGAACAACGACUCCAACAAUCAGGACGAGCUCUUGAGGAUGAUGGACAAUCCGAUCUUCCAGUCGCAGAUGAAUGAAAUGCUGAGCAACCCGCAGAUGCUGGACUUCAUGAUUCAGUCCAAUCCGCAAUUGCAGGCCAUGGGCCCACAGGCUAGACAGAUGCUGCAGAGCCCUAUGUUCAGGCAGAUGCUCACCAACCCAGACAUGAUCAGACAGAGCAUGCAGUUUGCCAGAAUGAUGGACCCUAACGCUGGCACUGGCUCCGCCGGCGGCGCAGCCUCUGCGUUCCCUGCCCCCGGUGGGGACGCUCCAGAGGAGGCCGCCGACACGAACGCUGCUCCAUCGUCUAACGCAGGGGCCAACGCCGCAGCAAACCCAUUUGCGUCCCUGCUCAACCCUGCAUUGAAUCCUUUCGCCAACGCAGGCAACUCUGCGGCGGCCACAGGGAUGCCCGCCUUCGACCCUGCGUUACUAGCGUCCAUGUUCCAACCACAGCAAGCCGCUGCACAAGCGCCCCAGCCAGAGGAUACAAGACCACCAGAGGAGCGCUACGAGCACCAAUUGAGACAAUUGAAUGACAUGGGCUUCUUCGACUUCGAUAGAAACGUCGCGGCCCUCAGAAGAAGCGGCGGUUCCGUCCAAGGUGCUCUCGACUCCCUACUGAACGGCGACGUCUAA